UAACGUAACAGCACCGACGAGCGGAUGUUUACAAUCAGGGUGGAAUUGGGAAGAUAUAAUUGCACCACGAAGAAGCGGUAAACUCUAAGAGGGUUUCUAACGCGUCGGCGGAGCUCAUCUUCUCCCUGGACCCCCCCCUGACUCACCGAAGAAAGUGUGUUUAUUAUCAGGACAGAGACGUCACGCCAUGCAAUGUCCUUAUUACGUGUUUAAACAGCGACAGUGGGUGAACUUGUAUUUGGAACCAGUGUCCAACCUUACGCUGAAGCUCAUUUGUCCUCCCAGGUGAGUCAUUGUGUCUCCUUCCAAGAUGAACCGGGGGGUUCCCAUCCACAGCUGGCCGGGCUCCUAUUACAUCAACGGUGAGAAGCGGUGGGAAAAUGGCACGCUGUCCCUCACGCGCACCAUGGUGCACUUCGUCUCCGGCCAGAGUAAAGCGAGUGUGGCCGGCUUCCGCCUCUCCAGCAUCGUGGCGAUCAAGAUGGAGUCGUCCAGUUUCAUCUUCAGCACUCUCACGGUGCUCGAAGAGGGCAACGUGAAGCACUGGUUUGGUUCCCUGAAGCCCAACCGGGUGGUGGUUUAUAAUGUGCUGGAGCAUUUCUGGAGAGAACGCCUUCUGUCCCCCACGUUCGAGGCCCCGGGGGCCAAAGGUCAACCCUCUAAAGGCAGAGAGCUGAUCAAACUGGUGGCAGAGUCCCAGAGGAGACUGGAGGACACCGGCAAGGUCCUCAGUCACCAAGGAGAGCAGUUUGACAACGUGAUGCAGGGGCUGGAGAAGAUCGACUCUGAUCUGGGCCUGGCGGAUAAACUCUUGUUGGAGCUGGAGUCUCCCUCCUGGUGGCCUUUCGGUAAACUCCCCUGGAAGUCUCAGCAGGACGCCAAAGCCGAGGACGCGGCGAGAGCCGCUCCCUCCGCGGCGUCCGCGGCCGCCACGGGGUCCGGUAGAAGUAAGGUGAUCGCAAGCAUCCCAGCCGUAGUGACCCACGGCGGGAACGCUGACUUAAAACCCGGAUGCCUGUCGGUGCUGGUCUCCUCGCUGGAGGUGCGUGACACGAACCGCCAACUCCUUCACCGCUUUGAGCGGAGCGACGUCGAUGAGAUCAGGGUGCACAGUCCGUAUGAGAUCACUGUGAGACAGCGGUUCAUCGGUAAGCCGGAUAUUUGCUUCCGGCUCCUGUCGGCCAAGAUGCCGGAGGCCAUGUCCGUGUUGGAGAUGCAGUACAAGAAGAAAGUGGAGCUCACAAGUGAGUACGCGGCGUUCAGGGCGACUCCAGGUUCUUCUCCGUGCGACACCGAGGGGCUGAGCUGGACUCAAGCCAGGUUUGCAGCAACGGUGCCAGGACACAGAGCUCCCGCUGGAGGUCCCGGCAGGAGAGCUGUCCCAGUUGCAGGUGCAGGCCGUCCAGCCGUCCGUCAGCCAGGCCGAGGCCCAAGAACUCAAGCAGAUGCUGAUGCAGCUGAAGAACCUCGCCCUGGAGGCAGAGACCGAGCUCGAACGGCAGGAUGACGUCCUGGACGACCUGACCAGCUCCACCGACCGAGCCACCAUGCACAUAGAGAAGCACAGCUGCCGCGUGAAGAGACUGCUGUAGCUCCGCCGGUGGAGCAGAUGCGUGUAGUAAACACCCCCCACCUGACAGAUGCACUGCGAGCGUCCUCAUUGACCUCGUGAGAUCGGCUAGAACAGCGAGGGACUUGCACCUCAAAAAUACUUCGGUUCUUUAUAAUCACAUGGUGAUUUCUGGGAAAUGCCGCACAUUUAUGCUGGGUUGAGACAUCUUUAUGACUUGACCCGGGCAUAAUAUUACAAACCUGACAAACUGAACACAGUGUCCCUGUGGCUUCACAUUGCAUGUCUCAAUAAUGCUGCCUUGUUAUGGCAUCAAGUGAAAAUGUUCAACCAUUUCCAAAAUAUAAUGCAGAAGACUUUAAAUGUGCAACGAAGUUCUGUGAGAACCCAACGGAUGCACACUGUUUUCAUACAUACACAAACAGUCCACGUUAAGGUCCACAUCUGUAUGCGUCUUACUGAAGAUUGAUACUAUUCUUUCCCGACGCGCGUCAUGUGAUUCUGUGAUUUUAUUGUGGUCUGUAAUCACUAUUAACUUAGCUGGAAGUUCAACUUGAAAUGUCUGUACUAUGUUUUACGUGAUUGAUUGAUUUGCUGUAUAAAGGCUAUUCUAUGCUAAAUGUAUCCCAGCCUUGUAUGAAACUAAAUAGUUAGCUCUAAAUAUAAGGGGAAAAGUGCAAUUCUUCUCAUAGGAAACAAAUAAUAAUAACGGUCAUUGUUAACUAUUGGAAUUAUUCCUUUUAAAGGGUUUCACCGUUUUUGAGUGAAUUGUUUUGGUUCACUCAACGCCUUCAUCUGCAGUUUUAGCUGAAACUUUUUUUUUUAGCAGCAACACUCUCAAAAAUCCAUGAACCUGUACUUCAAGUUCACGCACACUGUUGUGUGUCUCCUUGAAUUGUUGAAUAAAACUGUAAAUCUCUCACACAUUCUAAAGUU